AUGGCGAGCAACUCGCAAGAAGCAGACAAAAAUAGAAAUAAAAGCAAAAAGAUGGAGAAUGAAGCUUCAGAAAAUCCUCCGUUGUCUGACAAAACAGAUUUGGCUCCUUCUGAGGACUCGCAGUCCCUUUUCAAGACUGAACCACUGGAAAAGGUUUUAAAUGAGAUCAGCAAAGAAAUUAAUAACUUGCUGUCAAAAUAUGCUGACACUAUAAGUGCAAGAAUAGCGUUGGAUUCUUCUUAUGUCCAGGAACUUGAUGAGAUCCUAAAAGAAGCCAGGGCCAUAGAAAAGCAUUUGAAGCAGAAAAGAGAGAAGCUGAAACAGAGAUUCGCUGUCAUCGCCAAUAGUCUGCAAAGCUAAAUGGAGUUUGUUAUGAAAACGUAGAG